CGAAUAGAAGAGGGAACCAAUUGUGAUUGUUUCAGUUCAGAUCAUGCUGAGAGCCGCUCCUUUCACUCUCCGCCACCUUCGGACACCGUCGCUUGGCGGCGUCCGUCGUCUCUGUUCCUCCCAAGGCGGCGGCGCAAGCCCCAAUUGUAAUUGCGCCUGUUGCUCCAGAUCGAAAAAAAUGCUGAGUACCGCUGCUUUCACUCUCCGCCGCCACAUUCCGACGCCAUCGCUUGGCGGCGUCCGUGGUCUCUGUUCCUCCUCCUCCAAAGGCGGCGCUAGCCCCAAUUCCGAUUCAGUUGGCAAUUUCUAUUAUUCUGAAACGGAAGCCAGAGAACUGUUUGAAAUCUGGUGCAAGAAAUACGGCAAAACAUACCCUUCAGAAGAGGACAAACUCUUCAGGUUCGGUCGCUUUAGGGGAACUCUUGAAUUUUCCCUCCGCGAAAACCAGAAGAUUGAUAACCCAGAACAUCGCAAAUUUGGCACCUAUAGUAAUGCUGAUCAAACUGCCAAGGAAUUUCUGAGUCGCUGUGGUGGGUGGUGAUGAAGGUGUUUACCUUACCUGUAUAUGCCUCAAUCAUCAUGGGAGUUUGAGUUUGUUAGCUGUUGUUUUAUUAUUUUCAGUUAAGCUAAGAGAUGUUCUAAUUUUCAAUUUCUAGGUGUGAUUGAUUUCCCUUUCAAUUUCAAUGCUAUCUAGUUAAAGAAAUGUGAAGAA